AUGCAUCGAACGAGACGACAAAGACGAAUAAAUACCGCCAAUACCACAAUCGCACACGUAACAUCGCCUACGGAGGACUACACAUCCAUGGAAUGUAAUCCUAGAGGCACAAGAAGAACCCCCGUACCAUCUUUGAGGGGACGAAGAGUGCCACCGGCUGGCUUGGGACCUGCAGGAAUUACCAUCCUACAAGAGGACCCCGCUACUGAUGGUGUAGUGCGACGACGCAUGCGCUGGACUAAAGAAUUAAAUAUAAGUGUUAUGCGCGCGUACUAUAAGGCUACCAAAGGAGGAACCAAUCUUACAUCUUAUCGCCCUAAAAUGCUAUCUGAAUUCCAACAGCUACAGCCCAACCUAACAAACUUAACUGCCCAAAGACUUUCAGAUCAAGUACGUGUCAUUCUAAGUCGUAAGAUUUUGGAUGACAGAUUACUUGAACAACUUUGCAGUGAGUACUCAACAUCUUCUAUCAAUUCAAUUCCUGAUUCCCAACGAACACUUCCAGGUGAGUCUGAUGACUUAAAUGUUAAUAACAGUAACCAUAAUAUAAAUAUUACUAACUUAAACAACGAAAAAGUAGAGCAAAAUUGUUUUGAUAUAGAUGUGAGUUCCCAGGACAGCGAAUAUAUAAGAAGGACUUUCGAAUGUUCUCUUUUGGAAUAUAAAAAUACACCUAUAGAAAAUAGACCGAAACUACCUAAACUGCCUAACAACAAAAAAACUAUAUUAACAGUAGCAUCAAUGAAUGUUUUAUGUAAAGAUUAUUUUGAAAAAAGUAAUUCUAUUUUGGAAACUAUGUCUCUUCUAUACUGUUGUGCCCAUGCUGUAUGUAUGAUAAUGAAAAUUCCUAUCAUUUCAGUACAAAAUUUUAAGAAAAAUAAUACAGAACCUAAAUGGAAACAAAGAAUUCAAAAACGAAUUGACAAUACUCGCAAAAUUAUAGGAAAAUUAAUAAGCUACCAAACAGGUAACAGGCGUAAAAAAAUAAUUACUUUAGUAAAUCAAAUCUCUAAUGAAAAUAAUAUUAGCCAUUUAGAUCCCCAUUUUCCGGAUAAAAUUACUGAGUACAUUGAUACGCAAAAACAAAAGUUAAAAGCAUGGGCCAACCGUAUUAGACGAUAUUCAGAAAGGUCUAAACGGUACUUCCAAAAUCGCACAUUCGAAAGUAAUCAAAAGUGGGUGUAUCGGUCUUGGGAGAGCACUACAACUAAUAGUUGUACUCAUGGCAGCCCUAGCUUAAUUGAAUGUCUAAAUUUUUGGAAAAAUAUGUGGUCUAAUGAAGUUUCUCAUAAUGAAGGCGAAUGGAUUCGUGCAACCGAACGUAAGUUUUCUAAUUUGGCUAACAUGGGUUCUAUCUCAAUUACUGCUGAAGAUGUAUACUCAAUUACUCGUAGAUUACACAAUUGGAAAUCACCUGGACCAGAUGGUAUACACAACUUUUGGCUGAAAUGGAUAACAAGUAGCCAUGUGCGUUUGGCUGCACAGAUUCAAGAAGCCAUUGAGUGCUGUGAGCUCCCGAGACUUCUUACAACUGGUAUUACCCACUUACUAUAUAAAAAUGGAAACACCACGGAACCUAAAAAUUACCGACCUAUAACAUGCCUUUCAACUGUAUACAAAUUAAUAACUGCAAUUUUAAAUAACAAGAUCUAUAAACAUUUGGAAAAUAAUAACAUUCUGUCAACCGCACAGAACGGAUGUCGGAAAGGGUCACGUGGUUGUAAAGAACUUCUUCUCAUUGACACAGCUAUUUGCCGACAAGUUCUUCGUAAUCGCAAAAAUAUGUCCGCUGCUUGGGUGGAUUACAAAAAGGCAUAUGACUCUGUUCCACAUUCAUGGCUAAAGAGAGUUUUAGAAAUAUGUAAAAUAGAUGACAAAAUUUGUAAGUUUUUAAGUAAAUUAAUGGGUCAGUGGAACACUAUCCUAAAUCUACCAGGUAAGUGGCAAAGUAGUUCGAUAGACUCUAUAAAUAUUAAGCGGGGUAUAUUCCAGGGCGAUAGUUUGAGCCCUACUUGGUUUUGUUUAGCCCUGAAUCCUUUAAGCACUAUUAUUGAGGAAUCUGGAUUAGGAUUUCGGUUUCGAAAAGAAAACUCACCCAUCUCACAUCUACUUUACAUGGAUGAUCUCAAGCUAUUCACAUCAAAAGAGAGUGAUCUAUUAUUAUUGUUGAAAUUAACACAUAGUUUCAACAAUGAUAUUAGAAUGGAAUUUGGAAUAGAUAAAUGUGCUGUCAUAAACGUAAAUAGGGGCAAAAUUAAAGAUUGUAAUAAUUUUGCAAUUACAGAUGACUUACAUUUCAGUUCUCUUUCUGAGACAGAAACCUAUAAAUACUUGGGCAUGGCAGAAGUGCUAGGAAUUAAUGACAAAAACAUUAAAGAAAAUUCAAAAGUAAAAUUUAUGUCAAGAUUAAAAAAAGUUAUCAAAAGUCAUUUAUCUGGUGGAAACAAAAUUAGAGCAUAUAACUCCUGGGUAAUACCUAGCCUUCUAUAUACUUUUGGUAUUACAAGAUGGUCUCAAACGGAAUUGGAUGACUUAGAUAGACGAGUCCGCACAUUAAUGACUACGCACAGAAUGCACCACCCGCGAUCAUCUGUCAUGAGGUUGUAUCUGCCAAGAAAAGAUGGUGGACGGGGCUUAUUAAACAUUAAAAACCUACACAACCGUGAAGUAUACAACCUCAGAGACUAUUUUAUUAAAAAAAAAGACACAUCACGCAUUCAUAGUGACGUAGUGAUUAAUGACAAAUCAUUAACCCCGCUUAAUAUGUCGGCAAAGGACUGGCAGAGGCCUCAUACUAUGACUAUAGAUGAACGCAAAAAGGUUUGGAAUGACAAACAACUGCAUGGUCGAUUUUUUAAAACAUUGACUAAUCCUUGUGUAGACAUGGUUGCAUCAGUACAUUGGUUACAGUUUGGUGACCUUUUUGCAGAAACUGAAGGGUUUAUCUGUGCAAUACGAGACGAAGUUAUUAAGACCAACAAUUAUCGGAGAUACAUUCUAAAGGAUGGCGCCGUCGACAUCUGUCGAGCUUGUCGCCAUCCCGGUGAGUCACUUAGGCAUGUCAUCUCCGGUUGUUCGGCGCUUUCGAACUCUGAGUAUUUGCACAGACACAAUCUAGUAGCCAGGAUUCUACACCAGGAGCUCGCUCUGAAAUACGGCCUAGUGGAUCGGAAACUGCCGUAUUAUAAGUACUUGCCGGAAGCCGUGCUCGAAAAUGACCGCGCCAGGCUCUACUGGGACCGGGCCAUCAUCACAGACAGGACUAUUCUUGCGAAUAAGCCUGAUAUUGUGCUGAUGGACCGGGCACAGUCAAGGAUCUUUUUGGUCGACAUUACCAUUCCUUAUGACGAGAAACUCGUGAAAGCCGAAACAGAUAAGGUGACAAAAUAUCUGGACCUGGCUCACGAGGUUACCGGCAUGUGGGGUGGUCUGCCGGCCGAAAUUAUUCCUGUGGUCGUUUCUGCGAACGGGUUAAUCCCAGUCAGCCUCCCGGGUCAUCUGAGGCGACUGGGACUCCGUGACGGACCGCUCCAGGCUCAAAUGCAGAAGGCGGUGCUCCUCGAUACCGCCCGCAUCGUCCGCCGGUUUCUUUCCCUUUUCCCCUAA